CCCCACCAUAGCCUUAACCUUUGUCUGCCAAACAGUUUAACCAUCAAAACGCAGCACUUACAAGGUUACACCAGCAAAAAGAAGUCAGAAGAAAACAAUUGCGCGUACAUUUUGAGGACACAGUGUUUCUUGGCUACCCCAAAGCAGCCAGGCAGUAGUAUAUAAGAAGAGAAAGCUGUGCACGUAGAUAACAGUGGAGGGUCACGCACGGCGGCGUCAGUCAUCUCAACAGCCUCGACCUCUGACUUCACCUUCUCCAGCGAGGUCAAGGUCAGCAGUAACAUCAUGGCGCAGGAUAACAGCUUGGCCCUCCCUCCUCAGCCAACCGUCGAGAAACUCUUUCAAAUUGACGGUUAUCUCUGCACGUACGAACAGGAAAUUCGGAGACGAUAUGGAUGUUUUCUCAACUUGCUGAAUCACAUCAACCAACAUGAAGGAGGCUUGAAUGAGUUCACCAAAAGUUACCAGACAUUUGGUGUUCAUCGUCUUCCAGACAACAGCAUUAGAGUACUAGAAUGGGCACCUGGCGCACAAGAAUUGUAUCUUAAGGGAGACUUCAACAACUGGAGGGUGGAGCCAAAUUAUGCUUUCAAGCGUAUUGAAUUUGGAAGAUGGCAGCUGGACAUUCCAUCUAGUCCAGAUGGCACCUGUCCUAUUCAUCAUCUUUGCAAGUUGAAGCUGGUAGUGAAGAACAAGGCAGGCCAGCUUGAGGAACGUAUAUGUCCAUGGUCCCGUUAUGUAACUCGACCAAAAGAUGUGCCCAUCUUUGAACAAGUCUUCUGGGAUCCACCAGCGGAACAGGUAUAUGAGUUCAAACACCCACAUCCAAGAGCACCAAAAGCUCUCAGGAUUUAUGAAUCACAUGUGGGUAUCUCUUCAUGGGAGGGGAAAGUGGCAUCAUACAAAGAAUUUACAAACAAUGUAAUUCCACGAAUCAAAGAUUUAGGCUACAAUAGCAUACAGCUGAUGGCUAUCAUGGAGCAUGCAUACUAUGCAAGUUUUGGCUACCAGGUCACCAGCUUCUUUGCUGCCUCCAGCCGAUAUGGGACGCCAGAGGACUUGAAGGAGCUGAUAGACACGGCACAUAGCAGCGGGAUUGUGGUCCUGCUGGAUGUGGUGCACAGUCAUGCCAGCAAGAAUGUUGUGGAUGGUCUCAAUCAGUUUGAUGGCACCAACUCUUGUUACUUUCAUGAUGGUGGCCGUGGCAACCAUGAUCUGUGGGACUCCAGACUUUUUAACUACACAGAGUGGGAGGUUUUGCGAUUCUUGCUAUCCAAUCUGCGCAUGUGGAUUGAUGAGUACCAUUUUGAUGGCUUCCGUUUUGAUGGAGUCACCUCCAUGUUGUACCACACACAUGGCAUGGGUCAUGGCUUCACAGGCCACUAUGAUGAGUACUUUGGCCUGAACACUGAUACAGACUCCUUUGCAUACCUGACCUUAUCUAACUACAUGUUGCACAAGUUCUACCCAGACUUCAUGAUCACCAUAGCUGAGGAUGUUUCUGGCAUGCCCACUUUAUGUCGGCCAGUCAUAGAGGGAGGCUGUGGUUUUGACUAUCGCCUGGCAAUGGGUUUGCCCGAUAUGUGGAUCAAGCUGCUGAAGAAUGUGAAGGAUGAUGACUGGGAUAUGACAAACAUUGCACACACUCUUACAAACCGUCGUUUCUCGGAGCCUUGCAUCGCCUACUGCGAAAGCCACGACCAGGCCUUGGUUGGAGACAAAACAAUCGCCUUCUGGCUGAUGGAUAAAGAGAUGUACACACAUAUGGCCGUGUUUUCUGGCCAGAGUCUCAUCAUUGACCGUGGCCUGGCCCUCCACAAAAUGAUUCGUCUUAUCACCAUUGGACUUGGUGGGGAAGGCUACCUCAACUUCAUAGGCAAUGAAUUUGGGCACCCAGAGUGGCUUGACUUUCCUCGUAUUGGCAACAAUGAAAGUUACCACUACUGUCGUCGUCAGUGGAAUCUUGUUGAUGACCAAAACCUGAAGUACAAAUUCUUAAACAACUUUGAUCGGGAUAUGCUGCAUCUAGAGGCGCAGUAUAACUGGCUAUCAAACAAUAAGGUGCUAUUUCCUAAAAUUCUAGAGAGCCUGACAGGUUGUAACAGAGUAUCACCUGCAGAGUUCAUUCAACUGUCUAAAAUUUCAGAGUCCUAUGACUCUUUUGGUUCUUUCUGUCCUCCUAGGAAGCAAAUAGUUCUUAAAUUCACUAAUCCAACAAUAUAUUUCUCCUCACCUCUUUCCCCUUCUCCUGAUGGAGAGAUAUAUGUGAAUGAGCUGUCUGCAUCAAAAGUUGACGUUCCAAAGUCAAGAGUGCUCGACUUCGUGUUGAACUACAUCAGUCUGAAACACAAUGGGGACAAAGUCCUGGUGUUUGAUCGUGCUGAUGUCCUUGUGUUUAUCUUCAACUUUCACCCGUCAAUGAGCUUCACUGACUACAAGAUUGGACUCCCUCAAGCAGGAACCUAUCGCAUUGUACUUGAUACUGAUGCAGAACAGUAUGGGGGCCACAAACGCCUGGACCACAACACUCAGUAUUUUUCACAGCCAGAACCCUGGAAUGACCGGCCUCACCACACAUUUGUUUAUCUCCCAAGCAGAACUGCCAUCGUCCUAGCUAAGUGUUCAUAAGGCAACCAUCCCAUGCAGCCCACUAGUCAUGGUUCUCAGAGGCAGGUGGAGUGUGGAGGAGGAGGAUGCCUUUGUUAACUGAAAACCUUCCAUAGUACCUCCACUAUUGGACAGUAACAACAUUCACAGAAAAUCCAGCCUUACCAUCAUUUGUCAGUAGCUGCUUCAUGAUGGCUUCUUCUGAUGCUGUGUGCUUGUGUCUACAAAUGACUGCAGAAUGAGUGCAGGAUAAAAUAGUUGUUUCAGCUGAGUGGGCUACCUGACAAGGACUUUUAAGAAGUGUGUGCUUAUUACAGCUGCUCAUGAUUUGUAUGUAUUGUAAUGGAAUAUGAAUGAAUGCAUCUCUAUAAGUAUAUGCAUGUGUGCACACACAUGUAGCAGUGAUGCAUGAACGUCAAAUUGAAAAUGUUUAGAGCUCUCAUAGAGAAGCAAAUGAUGCAGUAUGUUUUAUUAAGCCUGCUGCAGAGAGGUCAUUUUGGAUUUUUUUUUUAUAUAUUUCGUGAUAAUUUUGAAAUGACCUAACCUGCGAAUAAAAAAGCAACUGGUGUGGUCCAAGAUUUCUAAGAUAUCUCAGCAGGCAAGGGAAGGGUAGGUACUAGGUAGAAAGGUGAUUGCUUGUGCUAGCUAGGUUUUUUGGGACUGCCUGAGGACAGCGACUCCUGCAGAAUAAAUGUGCUUUGGACAAAAUGGAAUGCUGAUAAUAGGUUCAUUAACCACACAGUUGACUAAAUAAUAUGCUGAAAAUAAAUCUGAUGGCUUUUGCAACAUGUCACCUUUCCAUAAGUUAAGUUACUAUAGAGUUCAGAGAGUAGACCCCACAGGCACUUAUGCAUUAAAAACAAAAUUUGUCUAUUCAUGCAGCCCACUCAAGGGUUAUGUUGCAUCAUCUUCUACACUUGUUUUGUACUCAAGGUGGCGCUGCAUUUCAAGGUGGAUAGGUUUUUAUUUGUAUGUUAGUGUAUAAGAACAGUGAGGUCUCUAACACCUCACUCCCCAGCCACCUGAAAAAGUUUAGGUGAUGACCUUUAUCUUUUUUUAAAACCUUUGUUUUAAAUAAGAAAAUAACAUAUCUACAACUGGGUCCUGGAGAACUUUUUUUGAGAAUAUGCUGGCAUAGUGAGUAAACUUUUAGAUUUAUGAACACCUAAAUGUUGUAAUACUCCUGUUUUUGAGAAGUGAAGGAGGGAGAUUUGUAUAGUAGCUUGUGGUCAGCCUGGGGCUGGGAAGAAGCAAGCAGCCAUGGGAAUUUUUAUGGGUGAUCAACCUGGAACAGGUGAUAGCAAUAGUUUAGGUGGAUUGUAACUUCAAAGGUGUCAGUUUAUAAUAUUGUUUAUUUUGUGUAUAGCUACAUUGUGUACUUUUAAGUAGCUAAUCAUAGCCAACACUACCAAUACAUAUGAUAUAAGCAAGA